GCCCCCCGGAUGCCAUUCCGUCCCCCGGAAGUUGCAACUUGUCUUCUCCACGUGCGCUGGCAACGGAACGGUUGUAGCCGACAGUUGCUUAGCGGCUCUCUCUCGUAGCUGUUUUCCUUUUGGGGGGGGGCGGGGCUGUGCCUCCCACCUUUUUCCCCUUUUGGGGUGCUUAAAUACGUCCCCCCAGCAGCCCAUUCAGCCCUGUUGGUUGGGAGGGGGAGCUUCCCCUCCUCUUCCCUCCCCCCCCCAGCAUUCUAGGUGGUCUUUAGGGGGGGUUUCAUCCCCUUAAGUUUUGCCCCCCCACACAAACCCACCACCACCUUCUUCUCGCUUCACCAUGGAAACCUUGCAGUUGGAGAAGAUUCUGGCCGACUUACUACAGCCGGACAAUGCCGUCAUCCAACAGGCUACAACCCAACUGAAAGAGACUCUAAAACAACCCCAGGCCUUGUCCCAUCUUACGCACGUGAUGUCAAAUUCUGAGAAUCCUCAGAUCCGGCAACUUGCUUCUGUGUUGGUGAGAAGGCUCUUAACCAAGCACUGGAAGAAACUCAGUGGAAUCGAACAGGACUCGCUCAAGACCCUCGUGUUGAACACCCUACAGAAGGAAAGAGACCACAAGGCAUCUUUAGGUCUGGCCCAAUUGGCUGCGGUCAUAUUGAAAAAUGAGACCUUAGAGAAAUGGCCACAGAUGCUGCAGCUCAUCCACCAUGGCGCCCGUUCGAGGGACCCCACUCAGUCCCAGGUUGGAUUACUGCUCUUGCAUUCAGCCCUGGAGCUGGACCCCGAGGUCUUUUCCCCCCACUAUAAGGAUCUCCUGCGGCUUUUCCACCAGACCCUCAACAGCCGGGACCAGCCGGCUACCCUCUACUACACGCUGCGGAGCCUCAGCACCGUCGCGGCGGGUCUGGGCUCGGACGAGGUGAACCUGAUGUCUUCCAUGGUGCCUAAAGUGAUCUUGGCCAUCCGGGAACUUAUUGCCGUGGAUGAGGCCCAGGCCAGCGAAACGAUGGAGGUUUUCGACGAGCUCAUGGGGACUGAGGUUUCCAUCAUUGCCCAGCACGUCCCAGAGAUUGUCGGCUUCUUCCUGGAGGUGGCUUCCAACCAGGCGCUGGGUGACAGUCUCCGAGUGAAGGCUUUAUCCUGCAUCAACUUCCUCAUCUCACUCAAGAGCAAGGCUGUCUUGAAGCACAAGCUGGUCCCACCCAUCCUGAACGCCCUCUUCCCCAUCAUGAGCGCCGAGCCGCCCCCCGGCCACAUGGACGUGGAGGAUGAACAGACAGAGGAGGAGAUCGAAGACCAGGCGGAGGUCCAGACGCCCAAACACUACGCUGCCCAGGUGGUGGAUAUGCUAGCCCUGCAGCUGCCCCCGGAGAAGCUCUUCCCCCACCUGACUCCUCUGAUGGAACCAGCGCUUCUGAGCCCGAAUCCCUACCAUCGGAAGGCCGGCCUCAUGUGUUUGGCCGUCUUGGCGGAAGGCUGCGGGGAUCACAUCCGGAAAAAGCAUCUCCAGCCCAUGCUUCAGGUGGUGUGCCGGGCCCUGCUCGAUGAGAGCCAGGUGGUGCGUAACGCGGCGCUCUUCGCCCUGGGGCAGUUCUCCGAAAACCUGCAGCCCGAUAUAGCCCGAUACGCCGAUGACAUCAUGCCGCUGCUUCUGCGCUACCUGGAAGGCAUCCAAGUGGCCCACACGAGCCACAUGGCCAAAGCCUACUAUGCCCUGGAGAACUUUGUGGAGAAUCUCGGAGACAAGAUCACGCCAUACCUCCCAUCCUUGAUGGAACGGAUGCUCACCACCCUAAGCCACCCCGGCAGCCCCCGUUGCAAGGAGCUGGCCGUCAGUGCCAUCGGAGCCAUUGCCCAGGCGGCCCAGGACUCCAUCCUGCCAUAUUUCCAGGCCAUCAUGGACCACCUGAUGGGUUACCUGCUCACCGUCCAAGAGGACCUCAGACCAGUCCAGAUUCAGUCCAUCGAGACUCUGUCCGUCCUGGCCACCGUCUUGAACCGGGACGUCUUCUUGCCGCUGGCCGAGCAGUGCUGUCGGCUUGGGCUGGACCUCUGUGACAAAGUGGACGAUCCGGACUUGCGGAGGUGCACGUACAGCCUCUUUGGCUCGCUCACAACAGUGUUGGAGGAUGCAAUCGCUCCCUUCCUGCCUCGCAUCACCACGCUCAUGCUCUAUUCCAUCAAAUCGACGGAGAGCGUUCAGCUUCCAGUCAGUUCCGGGAAUUCCUUCCUCAUCUUUGACGACGAGGAAGAGGAGGCUGAAGUGGAGGGGGACGAGAGCCUGACCGACGAGGAAGAGGAUGAUGACUCUGAACUCACAGGGAUAAGCGUGGGAAAUGUUUUCAUGGACGAGAAGGAGGACGCCUGCAUAGCCCUGGGCGAGAUUUCCACCAGUGCCUGUGUGGCCUUCUUGCCUUACAUGGAGAGCUGCUUCCAGGAGAUCAGCAGGUUGUUGGAGUGCCCCCACAUAAGCGUGCGGAAAUCUGCCUACGAGGCCGUGGGGCAGUUCUGUAUCUCGCUGCGUCGGCUUGGAGAGCGGGACUCCUCUGAAUCCCACCGUGCAGCCCUCCAGAAGCUGCUCUCCAUGGUCCUGCCGGUUUAUAUGAAAGGGAUCCGGGAAGACAAGGAGCGCCAGGUGGUGAUGUCCGUUCUGGACAUGCUGGCAAAGCUGCUGAAGGCCUGCAGGCAGGAGGCCUUGAGCGAAGCCGGCCGACUGGCUGAGCUGUGCCGGGUGAUCCGGGAGGUGCUGGAGAAAAAAGUCGCUUGCCAGGGCAUCGAUGAAGACGAUGAUGAAGACGACGACGAUGAAGAGGCAGAGUACGACUCCAUGGUGAUUGAAUGCGCCGGAGAAGUGAUCCCAGCCCUGGCUGAGGCUGCCGGUGGAGAAACCUUCGCUCCCUAUUUUGCCGGCUUUUUGCCUCUUCUCCUCAAUAAGAUGAAACCCAGCUGUUCCUAUGCCGACAAAUCCUUUGCCGUGGGGACGAUCGCGGAGACCAUCCAGGGACUGGGCCAGGCCUCGGCCCCCUUCGUGCCCCGCCUGGCGCAGGUGUUGAUGGCGGCGGCCCGCGACGAGGACAUGGAAGUGCGCAGCAAUGCCGUCUUUGGGCUGGGCGUGCUGGCGGAACACGGCGGAGGAGCCAUGCACGAACAUUACCCCAAGCUGCUGGGGCUUCUGUCCAACCUCAUCUCUCAGGAACAGCGGGGCCGGGUGACCGAUAACGUCUGUGGAGCCGUAGCCCGGAUGGUAAUGGCCAACCCUGGUGGAGUCCCCAUUGGCCAGGUCUUCCCCGUCUUGCUCCACGCGCUGCCUCUCAAGGACGACUUCGAGGAAUACCAGACGAUCUUCCGUUGCAUCAGCUUCAUCCACAGUCAUGAUCCCCAGCAGGUCUUGCAGCAGGUUGGGGAAAUCGUGCGAGCCGGCAGUGCCAUCCUCGGCAGCAAACAACUGCCAGCAGAGGGCCGCAACAGUCUGGUGGCGCUCCUCCACAGCCUCUCCAUCAGCUGCCCGGCAGAGUUCCAGACGGCCGUCCUCUCCCUGCCUUCGGACGCCGGGGCGUUGGUCAACGCCGCCAUCAGCUCCUCCGCUUGAGGGGGGCGGCAGGAGGAAGAGCGCUGGAGUCCACCCCCUUUCGGACCCUGCAUGUGGAAGAGGGCGCCGCUCGCCAAGGCCCUCCACCUGUACGUCGCCCCGCUUUGCGACAGGCCCGGCGCCCCACCUGCAACACGAAGCGGCCCAUCCGUUGCCCCAUGCAUUGGCCUUCCUGCUGCCGGUGGGGCUUCUGUACAUCCUCUGUCGUCUUUCGGCCUUCCCGGCCGGGGCGGCGGUCGCUUUUUGGGGUCGGGGUGGUGGUGGUUUCAGCCUGUUCCCAAAAGGCUUAUUGGGGCUUCCCCAAAUAACCACAGAACGACAUUUAGUGCCAUGGAUCCAUUGUUCUGGCCGGUUUUCUUAGGUGCUAGACAGGGAUCUCAUCUCGCCGGCACCUUUCAUGGGUCCCCACUCAUGUUGCUCUCCAGGACUGUAUCGGAGCCGUUCUGCUCUCCAGGAUCUUGCCAAUUUUCUGACGGUUGUUUUCUGGGCACAUCCGGCACAUCCGAGCUAAGCCAAAGAGGUCUGCCCCCCACAGUAGCUCGUGUGCUCGGUUCCAGAGUCCCACCCCCUUUCCCUUUGCACCCCUGCCCUUCGGGGCGAGAGCCAAGGUUCAAGUUUGCCAAGCGGGGCCGCCGCUUAAAGCCUGCGAUCGCCUGCACCCCCUCGCAUUUAACGACACCUCUGUGCUUCGGUUUGGUCGCCGUGAACGGAAAGUGCGUUUUUGGUCCGGAUGCUUUCCUUCACGUCGACUUGCCCGUGGGUGGAUCGGAAGACUUUAAAACCUGUUUGAGUUUCAAAAUGGGGAGCUCAAUCACGCACUGCCCCUUGGCCCCAAGAGGAAAAGCAGCGGGGCU